UCGACCUGGUAACAUCUCCCGUGUUUAGUUAGCACGCGCUCGAGGUAAUUCCGGAUCACGUGAUUUUGUUUUUUUUUUUAUUGCCUAUACUUUUCGACUUCUUGUUUGCUCAAGGCAAUUAUAUUAUUGCUGUUUUCGAUUAUAAAAUUAACAGUAAUUGAUAUCCGAUAGGUGUACCUAUAAUAACAUUACAUAAUUACAUAAUCUGACGGGCGGCCAGGGUGGAUUAACGUGUUAAGUUUCGAGUGUAUAUAUAACAAAACCAAAAGACAAACAUCGGACCAGUUCAAUGAGAUUGAUGGAAUCAUAAAACAAUAAGUGUUUUUGAAUAGAAUCAAAAUGGACAAUUGGAAGAAAAUAUCGUUUUUGGUCGGUGUGUUCGCAUUCAUAAGAGAAUUUCGACCCAUCGAACCAUUUUAUGCUGCGUAUAUGACUAGUCCUUACAUAAAUUGUACUGUAGAACAGGUACCAACAGAGCUCUAUGCUGUGGGAUCAUAUUCUAUGUUUGUAUUGAUUAUUAUCAUAUUUUUGGUCACGGAUUAUGUCAGAUACAAACCUGUACUAAUUGUCGAUGGAAUUGGCGGAGUACUUCAUUAUAUUGCCAUAACAAAUCGUCCUUCAAAGCUCAGAAUACAGUUUGGACAGGCGUUCUAUGGGUUCUUUUUUUCCGCCGAAGUGGCUUUAUUCGGAUACUUGUACGCAAUGGUGGAAGAAAAAGAAUUUUAUCAAAAAAUAACUGGUCACGCGAGAGCUGCCACACUGACGGGAAAAUUCUUUUCAUCGUGUCUGUCCCAAAUUCUAGCCACCACGUUUGGAACUCCUCCGUACAACGCUCUCGUGUAUAUGUCUAUUUUCGGCAUGGGAUCUACGACCAUAUGGGCGAUUUUCUUACCACCAGUUAAGCAUAGUCUUUACUUCCCCAAUAAGAAAAAGAUCGAAGAAACGUCGAUGGGACAAUCCACCGUCACCAUAUAUAACCCAAAAAAGGAUAAAGAUGUUCAGCUUAGCAUUGAAGCAGCUCCAAAAGAGGAGAAAAACGUCAAUCCCGAGAAUAACAGUGUCGUGGAACCAGAAGAUAGCGUGAUCAGUUCGCUGUACAAAGAUUUCAAACAAUCGUAUUCCGACCCAUACGUCCGUAAGCUCUGUUUUUGGUGGGCAGUGGCAAUGGGUGGUUACUUACAGGUGUACGCGUACAUAAAUGUGCUCUACACUUACGUGUUGGAAGAAAACGAAGACACAAAGUUUACGUUGUACAACGGCGCGGCGGAAUCGCUCAACACGCUUCUCGGUGCCUUUUCCGCGUUCGCUAUAAGUAAGGUAAAUUGGAAUUGGUAUUCUGUGGGUGACAUUUUCUUCGCCGUUGGAUCUAUUGUCGCAGCAAUCGUGUUGUUGUGCUGCGUUUACUGCCGAAACUUGUGGUACAUCUACGCAUUCUACAUCAUAUACGGAAUGAUGUAUCAGACUAUGUUGACUAUUGCCGAAUCCGAAGUUGCUAAACGAUUAAAUAAAAAAUGUUACGGAUUGAUUUUUGGAUUUAAUACUUUUAUUGCUGUAUGUAUUAAUACCAUUAUUAUAUACGGAGUGAUUCAAGGCCAUUUUAUUAAGAUCAACAUAGCACAACAAUUUUUGAUAUACACUGUGUUGUAUGCAUUCCUAGCGAUACUGUUUUUCGGCUAUUCCAUUUUGAAAAUGUUCAAAGAUGAAGGAAUCGUAGAAUACAACUGAAGCCUGAACGUGUCCGUCCUAUUAAUAAACUAAAUAUUAUUUUCAUUUUUCGCUAGAACAAAACUGAUUUUGUGAACAAAUGAACUUAAUAUGAUUAUUUUGUAUACCAGUAUAGAAGGUAUAACUUAAGUAUUUUAAGAAUACGUGUAUUAUGUAUGUAGUUUAUUCGUUUUAAAAUAUUUUUAUUCUUAUUUAUGGACAGUCGUCAAUUAUUUAUUCAAAUCGUAUAGGGUGAUUCGCCAAGUUUGCUCACUUCCAUUUGUUUCUUUAAUAGGUAAUGAAUUUAUAAAAAUUUUGAUUUUUGGAAUUUUCAAGUAUACCUAA